CGAAGCACUCCGGCGCCCCCAAAGUGCCAUCGCCUCAUGCUUCAAAGGUCUACAAAACCAAAACUCGACCACCUCCCACAAUUACCCUGCGUCCCAAUCCCCGUUCCGUUAAAACCACACUAGCGAAAGCGCCGCAAACACACACUUACACGAACGAUGGGUUCCGUCCUCCAGAAGAAGAAGCGCCGCUCCGGCCGCCAGAAAGUCAAGAUGCCCAACCGUCCCAAGAAGCUCCUGAACCCGCUUGGCAACGACCUUAUCGCGAAGAACUGGAACAAGAAGGAGACCCUGACGCAGAACUACCGCCGCCUCGGCCUCACGGCGCGGCUCAAGGCCCCGACGGGCGGCGUCGAGAAGAGGCUCUCCCAGCUCGAGUCGUCGUCGGCCAAGCCCCGCGACCCGCUCGCCAUCGCCUCGGCCGAGGAGGCCGUCUUCGAGGAGGCCCGCGUCGAGCGCGAUGCCGACGGCAAGAUCGUCAGGAUCCACUACGGCAGCGACAGGCGGAGCAACCCGCUCAACGACCCGCUCAACGCCCUCGACAGCGACGCCGAGGACGGCGGGCCGGACGGCGGGCCGGACGGCGAGGAGGGGGAGGAGGAGGAGGGGUGGGGCGGCAUCGACGACGAGAGCCGGCCCGAGGUCAUCCGCCUGCUCGAGAAGGAGGCCGCGCGGCCCACGGUCAAGAAGCCGCGGCACAUGAGCCAGCAGGAGCGCGAGUGGCUCGAGAGGCUCGUGGCGAGGCACGGCGACGACGUCGCCGCCAUGGCCCGCGACCGGAAGCUGAACCCCAUGCAGCAGACGGAGGGCGACAUCGCCCGCAGGAUCAAGAGGCUCACAGGGAAGGCUUAAUGGGAAGGGGAUAUAUAUAUGUGUAUAUAUCCAUGGAAAAGAAGGCGGGAAAAAAAGUCAAACGGUUCGAAGGGGGGAAAGAUGACAAGAAAUUACUUCGCCGUGGAGGAGUGCAACGUUGCAUGUAAAAGGGGAGGGGGGGAGGCUGCUUUUCAAAAAGGAAACAAGAGAGCGCCUGGCUUCAGAGGAUUCCGUCGCGUCCCCUUUUAUCGAGGAGUUAUGGCGUUUUAGAACAAUUCUGCAUACAAAAA